AUGACUACCACUAUCCUGACAAACAAGCAAAUCAUCAGGGCCUUCCCGAGGUUGUUAGAAGGGAACGCGGCCCGAUGGUACUAUUACCUUCCUUUGAAGACGAGGGGAGAUUGGAACGAACUGUCCACCGCUUUCAUGAACCAAUAUGGUUGCAGUUCCAAAUUAGAAGUCACCCUGAGGGAUCUAGAGAUGGCAAAGCAAAAACCCGGAAAAGCAUUUUCUGAAUUCCUCGCAAGAUGGUUAGAUAAAGCUGCGCUAUUGAAAGAGAAACCAUCCGAGAAAGACCGGGUCAGAAUCGUUGUCCGGAACGUCUUCCCACAUUGGGUCGAGAGGCUGCAAAAUAUGAAUCCCAAGACUUUUGAGGAUUUACUCGAUGAUGGAAUGCAAGUAGAAGAGAUAGAGUCCGAGAAGAAACACAACGCACCGACAGGAGGUUAUCUGUCAAACUACCAGUCUGCUAACAAAAGUGCCAGUGUGAAUUUCGUACAGAGACAGGGUCCUGUGGGAAGAAAGUUCUCAGAAUUCCCCAUUCCUCUCACGAAAACUCCAGGCCACUACACUGAUUCUUGCAUCACACUGAAGCAUGCCAUCCAGGACCUGAUAGACGAUGGAAGAAUCACCGAUCCAUCAAUAGGACAGCCUAGUACGCAGAAAAAUCCGCUGCCCAACUAUCAUGCGAUUCGCCCAUCAAAGGGCGUGAAUACCAUAAACUUUGGAUUAACCUAUGAAGAGGUUAUGAAUUCCUUUGUUGACACUGAUCCUACCAAUAGUGAGAAACCCGUAGUAGCAGAGGCACCCCCGAUUGCUGGUCCUCUGACGGCUCUAUUUCGACAGUUGAAAUCACAAGGGUUAAUAAACCAUCCCCCGCUGAACGGCAAGUUGUGCGAAUACCAUAGGGAUUUUGGACACUCUACAGAGGAGUGCGUAGAAUUGAAAGAAUUGGUCCGAACAUUGAUAGCAGAAGGAAAAGUCGACUCUUCCCUCUAG